CACUAUCGGUUGGCGGUACUUUGGUUGGUAGUACAGUUUUCUGUCAUCGGUGUCAUUGACGUUUGUUUUGACACUUUUAAUAAUUUUUUGAAAAAAUGGAAGAAAUAGAUGGAAUUAUCAUCGAUUCUUUAAAAAAUCUUCACUGCGAUUUCGAUGAAGACAUCACCUCAUUAAAACAAUUUGAUGCCGAUAUGAUUGUGACUGCAAUUUCACGCUGUUUAGAAACUAUAAUUCCAGACACAAAUUUUCCGAAAAAAUUGCCACCCUCAAUGAGUAACAAACUGAAAAUUACUUCUAGUCUAGCUGCGCAAAUUAAAGAUUUGGGGUAUCGGGAUGAUAUAGGUUAUCAAACGAUUUUGUACUGUAAUGAAGCCGAAAUUCGCCGAAUUUUUAUGUUUCUCAUUGAGAAAUUGCCACGAGAGAGUAGCAAAACUACUCAUGUUGAACAAACCGGUUACAUUCCGACUCUAGUUAAAGACAUUGAACAUACGGUGAAAAAGUCAUUACAGCAGUUUUGGGUGCCUUCAAGUGUCUUACACAACGGUUGUCGCAAGAGCGACAACAUUUACAUUUUUAACAGUUUAGGGAAUAGUAGACCUUUGUGUACGAAAAAACUUAAAGUUCCGUCUAGUUCAAAGGUUUAUAAUAACGAAACCUUGAAACAAUAUUGGGUUCAUAAUGUUCCUGCCGUCACGAAACAAUGCUCUUCUAAAGAAUUACUACCAUCACUUUUAUUCGAAGACAGUUUUAUUAGUAGCGAAGAUAUUAGUUUAAGAAAGUGUUUAAAAAUUGCUUCAAGACCUACAGAUUUAUUACUCCAAUCAUCAGAGCUAGUCCAAGCAACUACAAAGGCUGAAAGUGUGAAAAUCACAGAAAUGACAGAGUCAGAAACUGAAAACAAGUUAAAGUCAUUAUUGGAAGAAUUAAACUUGAGGAAAAACAAAUGCCUGGAGCUUGAAGAUGCUGUAAAAAGUUGCGAAACGCAGCUGAAGCUAGCCAUCAAAACGAAAACGGAAGACGAAGAGAUCCUUCAAAAUACUCUCGCCCAAGUCAGUUUAAAAUCAAAAACACUCACUGUUAUAAGCAAAGAAGAAAAUCUCCAAAAACUGAAGCACAUGAUUGAAGCCAGUAAAAACAAAUUGCUCAACUUGACCGAGCAGUGGAACCAAAUCCAAACACCACUUCUAGAAGAGUACAAAUCGCUACAAAACGCAAUCAGUCACAAAGAUUUGAAGCGACAACAGGAACAAGAAAAAUUACGAAAAUUGGAAGAGACACAAAAGACGCUCAAAAUUGAUUUGAACGAAAAAACACAACUGGAGGAAGAAUUGAGGAAGAAAUUGCAGCAAAUCAACAAAACACACAACAGGUCAGGGUACACGAGACGAAUUUUGGAAAUAAUUGGCAACAUUAAGAAACAAGACGACGAAAUACAGAAAAUACUCAAUGAUACGAAAAUGGUACAGAGGGAAAUUAGCAAUUUGACGGGGCAAGUCGACAGGUCCUUUACUCUCGCCGACGAGCUUAUUUUCAGGGAUGCAAAGCAAGACGAAACGGCGAGACGAGCGUACAAAUUGUUGGCUCAACUGCGCGACGAUUGUUCGAGUAUAAUCAAAGCUGUGACCGAUCUGGGGGCUGUCGAGCGCGAAUGUCGAAAUCUUCAGGAACAAAUUGAUUCCGAAACGGGCAAAGAAAGCGCCGUCAAGUUGGAAAGGGUGAACAAAGACUUGCAAGAAAUGCGGAAAGAGACAGAACAGUUGUUGAAACAGCGGUGAAAUUGUGCAAUUUGUUAAGACACCAAAAUGUUUUUACUAUUUAUAUUUGUUGUUAUUAUUACAAUAUAAAAAACUAA